AUGCAAUGCGGCUAAUUGGAUUUAUUCUAAGUUUGGCUGCCUUAACAGCUGCUGUCUUGGCGAAUCACCAUGACCACGAUCCUGAUAGUCUGAGCCUGAGACCCGCGGAGCACAGCGUUGUCCGCUAUACAAACGAGUCCCUCAUUGUGCAAUGCGUUGCUCCCAGUUCGGAUGUGAAGCUGCAUUGGAAAUCGCCGAAAGGGGAAAUUAUACGUGAGCACAAAGGACGCAUUCACAUCGAGCAAACGGCACCAGAACAAUUGAAAAUCGUUUUUGCUCACAUCGCACUCGCGGACAAGGGCAAUUGGAGCUGUGAGGCAACUGAGGGCGGACCACAUAGUAAAUCGUUCGAUUUGAUUGUGUAUCAGCAAAUUACGUUCACAGAAAAGGAGACAGUGCAGAUUGUGAGAGAGGGACAAAAUGCCACCAUAUUGUGUGAGGUGAAGGGGGAACCGCAACCGAAUGUUACCUGGCAUUUCAAUGGACAGCCCGUUAAUGCGGAGACGAAUGCUUUGAAAUUUCGCAUCCUGGCGGAUGGCUUGCUCAUCAACAAGGUAACACAGUUUGACACCGGUGAAUACACGUGCCGGGCAUACCAAGUGAAUUCGAUUGCUUCCGAUAUGCAGGAGCGAACAGUUUUGAUGAAAAUCGAACACAAGCCACAAUGGAUUCACUCGCUGCACACAGCGGUGCAAUAUGCAUAUAUCAAUGGAACGGCGACUAUUGAAUGCAAGGCAACUGCAGAGCCGCCUCCGAUCUUCAGCUGGUACCGCAAACAGAGGCGGUUGGAGAGCAACGAGAAGAUCUACACCAUUGAGACGCACAGCAAUUGGUCGCGUCUGACCAUCAAUGUCCUGGAGGUCAAACAGUUUGACAACUAUCGCUGUCGGGCCCACAAUCUGUUGGGUAGCAUUGAGAGGGUUACGAGCUUGGAGCAGGGAGAGAAACCGCCAAUUCCCCUUGUGUUCCAGCUGCGGUUUAACUCCAACACUGUGGAUGUGGAUGUGAGUGUGCCGCGGGAUAAGAAAAACAUUACACUCAUGGAUGUCAAUGGAUUUCGUAUCGAAUACUUGACGGAGCUGGAGUUCAAAACGGAUCUUGGGAAAUGGACCAAUGCCAAGAGCAAGGAGUUCGCCUACGAGGAGGGUGCCAGUUUGCUGAUAGUGGACCUAAAACCGGACACUGUUUAUUUUAUUCGCGCUGCUUCUCGGAAUCUGGCUGGCUAUAGUGACUACACCAAAGUGGAGAAAUGCAGGACUCUGUCUCUGGAACCUCGUGCAUCGGCAGGAGCAUUGUUGCCAUCUCUCUUGCAGCUGCUGACUGCAACCCUGUUGCUUCUUCUGUUGCGACGCUGCCACUGAAAAUCUAUUUAUAUAUCUUCCUUGGACUGUGUGUGUCUUACCCAGAUCUAGAUCCCUGUGCUUUGUGUAGCUUUAAGAACAUCUCUGAUUUGCCGAAUUGUACUAAAUAUUGCUCUAAGUUCUUGAUAAUGAAUUAUAAUCACUCUUAAGUCUAUGUUUAUAA